AUGGAUUAUAAUUUAAUCAAUGGAGGGAUUCCUCCACAGAUUGGAAAUCUUACUAAUUUGUCUGGGCUUUCACUUUCCAAUAAAAUUUCUGGAGCAAUUCCACCGUCACUAUCACAUUUGAAAAGUUUAGUUGAUUUGAAUUUGGGACAAAAUUUUCUCACCAUGGAGUUACCAACUGACAUUGGCAACCUCUCCAACAUAGCAUCGCUGUUGUUAAAUAACAACAAUUUGUCUGGAGAGAUCCCUCCAUCAUUUCAAAAGCUGGAACAAUUAGAACAACUUGAUUUAGAAAAUAAUUUGUUUGCUGGUGAGAUCCCAACAUGGUUGGUCAAUUUCAAAAACCUCUCAGACUUGAAUCUUGGGGCAAACAAACUUGUUUUGAAAAAUGCGAGAAUAGCACCAAGGUGCAUUUUGGAUGUACUGUCAUUGAGAUCUUGCAAUCUUUCAGGGCAAAUUCCCAUUUGGAUUUCCAACCAGACCAAGCUUCUCUCCUUGGACUUGAGUGAUAAUAACCUUGAAGGAACUCUCCCUCAAUGUCUCUUCGGUGAAAUUCCUUACACAUUGGUAUAUCUCUUUGAGCUGAGUUACUUAGACUUGAGUAACAAUAAACUGGAGGGUCGCAUUCCAUGUGGACCUCAGAUGGAUACAAUGAAUGACCCAAAUUCUUAUGCCAACAAUAAUGGAUUGUGUGGAAUGCAAAUUAAAGUAUCAUGUGAGAUGGUGCCUUCUAAACCAAAGCUGAAGAGAGAAAGACCAAGAAAGAAAGAGUUGGGAGACAUGGUUUUCACGGGAAAUGGCAGUGACUAG